UUCAUAAGUAAUUUAUUACAAUGGCAAAAUUCUUUCAAAUCGUCCUGGUAGUUGGUCUAAUUGCGGCAGGUGCAGCAGAGCCACCUCGUCGGUUCAACCAACGCUUUCAAAAUCGCAAUCGUUUCUUCGCCCGGCAGGAAGUUGCACCCAGUGACGAUCGAAGUGUAGGAGUAACACCAUAUCCUUCGGCAGCGGAAGAAAAACCCGACAUUCCAUUCGAUCUUCCCAAUCAAGAGGCAGCUCCAUUCCCUGAACCAACAUACGCUACUCCCGAUCAGACUUAUGGACCACCUGACCAAACCUAUGGUCCCCCACAACCCGAAGAAGCAUUUCCACAACAAGAAGAUUACGAUGAAGAGGCAGCUGAUGAUGAUGAACCCGAAGCUGAGAGGCUAGUUUUCGUUUCAAGACGCCCAGGCCAACGUCAAUCAUCUCGUUUAGUACAACUAAAAGGUCAAAGAAGCAGACCACAAGCAGCAGCAGCAGCACAACUCAGACGACCAGCCGCAUUCUCGAAGUCAGCUAAAUUAAGGCAGCCAGCUAGGCUUCAAGUACAGAGGCAGAAUUUAAUAGCACAACCAAUUCUCUUGCAAGAUGGCACUCUCCUUUACUCUAUUCCCGUUUAGAGACAUUGGUAGAGAUAUUUUUGUUUUCCACAUAAAAUACAUUUGAUGAAUUGUGUUACCAUUUUUAUAAACGAAAAAUAAAG